AGCUCCGCGCCCUCGGGCGGGACAGAUCCAAGUUGGGAACAGCUGUGGGUGCAGGGCCUUCAAGAUGAGGCCGGCACUAGCUCUGUGCCUCCUCUGGCAGGCGUUCUGGCCUCGACCUGGCCGGAGCGAGCACCCCACCGCAGACCGCGCGGGCUGCUCGGCCUCGGGGGCCUGCUACAGCCUGCACCACGCUACCAUCAAGAGGCUGGCGGCCGAGGAGGCCUGCAGUCUGCGCGGCGGGGCGCUCAGCACGGUGAGCGGGGGCGCAGAGCUCCGGGCGGUGCUUGCGCUCCUGCGGGCAGGCCCGGGGCCCGGAGGGGGCUCCAAAGACCUUCUGUUCUGGGUGGCGCUGGAACGCGGGCGAUCGCACUGCACUCUGGAGAAAGAGCCAUUGCGGGGUUUCUCCUGGCUCUCCCCCGACGUCAGCGUGUCCGAAAGCGAGACGCUGCAGUGGGUGGAGGAGCCUCAACGCUCCUGCACUUCUCGGAGUUGCGCAGGACUCCAGGCCACCCGGGGGGUUGAGCCCGCAGGCUGGAAGGAGAUGCGAUGCCACUCGCGCGCCAAUGGCUACUUGUGCAAAUACCAGUUUGAGGGCUUGUGCCCGGCGCCGCGCCCCGGGGCCGCCUCUAACUUGAGCUACCGUGCGCCCUUCCAGCUGUACAGCGCGGCUCUGGACUUCAGUCCCCCAGGGACCAAGGUGAGUGCGCUCUGCCCUGGGCAGCUCUCCAUCACAGCCACCUGCAUCGUGGACGAGGUCGGCGCGCGCUGGGACGGGAUACCCUCCGGGGCUGUGCUCUGUCCCUGCCCCGGGAGGUACCUCCGUGCUGGCAAAUGCGCAGAGCACUCUAACUGUGUAGAUGACUUGGGAGGCUUUGCCUGCGAAUGCGCGGCGGGCUUCGUGCUGGGGAAAGACGGACACUCUUGUGUAAUCAGUGGGGAAGGACAGCCGGUCUCUGAGGGGACCGAGGUGCCCACCAGGCCAGCCACUGCAGCCAGCCCCGAUCAGAAGAGAACGUGGACACCCAGGGUACCUGAAAAGCCAAGGGAAGUACCACAUGUCCUUGGACAAGGCAGUUCAGCAACAUCUAUUGCCGAGAUUCCUCAGUGGGGAGCACAGAGCACGAUGUCCACUCUUCAGAUGUCCUCUCAAGCUAAUUCAAAGGCCGCCAUCACCUCUUCAGGAAGCGUGACUCCCAAGUUUAAUUCCACGUCUUCCCCUGCCAUUCCCCAGGCUUUUGGCUCCUCCUCCACCGUGGUCUUCAUACUUGUGAGCAUAGCGGUCAUAGUGUUGGUUAUCUUGACUAUGACAGUGCUGGGGCUUUUCAAACUCUGCUUCCACAAAAGCUCUUCUUCCCAGUCAAGAAAGGAGCCUUUGGCCCAGCCAGGCAUGGAGAGUGGUACCGAGGCCACUGCUCUGCGCUCCAGUUCUGUACAUUGCACAGACAAUGGGGUGAAGGUAGGGGACUGUGGUCUGCGGGACAGAGCGGAGGGGGCCUCACUGACAGGGUCCUCUCUUGGGUCAGGUGACACAUAGGGAAAAGGCACUCCCUCUGAGCAGAGUUUUUCACUGUCAAUGAAAGGGGAAAGAAAAUGAACUUAUUUAGGGACUGACUAUUCCUAUAGAAAAUUCUCUUCCCCCAAAUUCCCUCUACUCUACUGAGGAGAUAAAUCUGAACUGGAUGCUGGAUCCCUGAAGAAGAAAGAGGUGAUUGAAAUGGAAGUGCCUUAUGGUGGUAGUGGGGGCUGGGAUCCUACUGUGGAGAGGUUUUCCCUUGUGUUUAUUCUGGGGGAUUUGGAGAAGGGCUUGAAUUUGUUAAGACAUUGGAAGCAAAUAGAAAACAACACAAUUAAAAAAAUUUUUUUUAAACCAAAA